CAUUACUCUGUUGUUCUGUGAUGGUUCUGUGGUUAAACGUUAGAAGUUAGGUUAUUAAUUCUUAUUUCUGCAUCUACAAAGAAAAGUGAAAAUGGAUAAUGAGUUGAAAGAAAAUGAAAAUGUAAACGAUGAUCCAGUUCUUAAAAAAGGCCGUCAUCGAAAAAAGCAAUUGUAUAAUUCCAUUCUGCAACAAAUGGAAUUUUAUUUUAGUGACUCUAACCUCACCAAAGACCGAUUUCUUUCUCAGUUAAUAAAGGAAAAUCCAUUUGUCGAUCUGAGCGUAUUUUUGAAAUUUAACAAAAUUAGAAAACUUACAACUAACAUUGAGGAUAUUCAAAAAGCAGUACAAAAGUCGCAGUUAAUUGAACUUUCUGAAGACCGUAAUAGUAUUUGUCGUACAAAACCAGUUAAAGAAAAGAAUAAUGUUGAUGAAUGUACAAUUUAUGUAGAACGGCUAAAAUCAGACGCAACUCAUGAAUGGUUGAGUUCUGUCUUUUCUGAAUUUGGAAACGUGGUUUAUGUUUCUAUACCAAAAUACAAAAAUAAUAAUGCCAUAAAAGGUUUUGCGUUUAUUGAAUUUGAAAAAGAAAAGGAAGCACAAAAUGCUUUAAAUUACUUUGAAAGCAUUGGUUGCAAAAUGCCAUCAAAUACAGAACCAGAAACGCUUUGUAGUAUUAAAACAUUUCAAGAGAGUAAUGAAGAGCAUCCUGGGGGUUCAUCUAAAAAUUCAACAAAGAAGCGCCAAGCUGAAGAGCACUGCGAAAGUGUAGAAAAGGACAAGUCAACAAGUAAACGAAAAUUUGAAGAAAAUGAAGAGGUCCAAAGUGAUAAAAUAGUUAAAAAAAUUAAAACUGAAAAUAGUAAGAGUGAAGAGGAUGAAAAGAUUACAAGAAAACAAGAAUUUGAAGAAAAAGAACACAGCGAAAGUGAAGAAAAAAAGAAAAAAUUGAAAGAUGAUUGUGAACAUAUUGAGGAUGAAGAAAAAAAUGAAAACUCAACAAGAAAACGAAAACUUGAAGAAAAUGAACAUAGCGAAAGCGAAGAAAAAGAGAAAAACUCAAAACUCGAUACUGGUGACGUUUCUGAAUCAGACGACACAGAAAAUAAGAAAAAAAAGAAGUUGAAAAAAGAACACAGGAAGAAAAAUUAUAUAAAAGACUUGGGUCUCCAAGUUUUAUCAAAAAAAGAAUGGAAAAAGAUGAGAAAUCGAUAUCUGGACUUACAAAAGAAAAAAAUGAAAGAGUUUAAAACGCAUCUUCUCAAAGCGAAGUUUAAUCAAGCAAAAUAUGAAGAAAAGUCGAAAGCUCCCACUACUAAGACUGAAUUAAAGAAAGAGGACUAUACCAAAGGACUCAUUGUGAAAAUAAAAUUAGCAGAAGUUAGCGUGGAUACAAAGAAACUUAAGAAUGAAAUUAAAUCUUCUUCACCUGAUAUAAUGUACGUAGAUAUUCCAAAUCCCGGCAGUGAAAACAUUUAUAUAAGAUUUAACACUAGUGGCGGCGCUAAAAAAUUUAGCACCCAAGAAUGCUUUGGUAAAAAAGAAGUAGUAACAGGAGAAGAAGAAUCUUUAUAUUGGGAGAAAAUUAAAAAAGAUCGUGAGGAUAAAGUAAAUAAAGCAAAAAAGAAACAACGCGGUAGAGACAAACUAUUGAAGAAAGCUAAACAUACAAAAUUUGAUGAUUAAAGUUUAUAUAUUUAUGCAACUUAGUAUUUAGUGAUCUUGUUUGUCCUAUUUUGUUAUUUGUUGUUGACAAAGGUAGGUUUUUGAUGACGUCAAAAACACCCCAGGAUUUUGUAAUAAUCUAUAGUAGCUCGUAUUUGUUCUUUUUUAAUGGUUUUCAUAAAUGAAAAUUCAUUUAUUUUCCUAUUAAAAAUUUCAUACACUCAA